CACAUCUGAGUGGUUAGUCAGUCGACCGUAUCGCCAUUUUAAAUAACUCGUUAGCUAUUCACUUAUUACCAGUAUCGUUUUUUAUUCGUACUCUAACUCGUAGUUUGUGAUGAAAUGUCUCAGUCGGAAACUGCUGUGCCUUCGUCAGAGCUGCGCGAGAGCCUGCAGGUGUCCAGUCUGACGCUACUGGUGCUUGUACUCAUUCCCUGUGUGGUUCUGCUGCUUCUGUUGAACUGCCUGUUGCUGGGAUACAAACUGCUUCUGUUCGCGAGGAGAAAGCGCGCGCGCCACGGUUCUGAGAGCGUGCUCUUGCGUUCGUCAUCGUCGCUGUCCACGCGCCAGAGAAUCGCCCGUUUUACCGACGACCCGUCGUUCGGACCGGUACGGAAAACGAAGUACGCGUCCGUUUCAGAGCCGAUGCUGGCGCCGCCGAUUACGUCGUCCCUCACGUCAUCUGCAGAGCGGAGGGCUGCCUGUGGGCAGCGAUGCAGGUCGGAAGCGCUCGCGCGACCGGACGGAGCUACGUAUGCGGGCUCAGUGUCGCUUCGCGUGCCGAGCACGGUACUGGGUGCCAGCGGCUCGCGCGCUUGGCGGAAGAGCGCUCCGGUCCUCUUACAGUCCAGCGACUCAGAAAUGGAGCGCGAGAAUGUCGCACCGCCAAAUUCCCCAGAGCAGCUCGUGACCCAGAGCAGGCACGGUUCAUUACCUAUGAUGAUGCGCAGGUCUAGCACUGUAGAGCUGGAGCUGGUUUCUGUCGAUAAGAUCCACAUGGAAGAUGAGCUUAUCAGCAGCAUCCCACAGGAGACCUCAUGCUUCAUAGCAUCUGCAAGCUCCUCAGCUGCCGGACCUGGCCUGGACAGUGACUUCGGUGCAAGUGCAGGUGUGUCGUUGCGCAUCCUGUCGGCGGACAGUGACGGUUUUCCAGGAGCAACUUGGGCAUCUGGUCUUGAGUGGGAUUAUUACGACCCUAGUUACGUCACGCAGAACCACGUUCCCAAACACAGACACCAUGCACCACCUGUCACAACCAAACAGUACUGGGUCUAACCUGCAUUGCUUUCCAGAUUGUACCUGGCGAACUGUCUAGUUUUAAAAUAUUUCACGCAGAACUUCAGCACAUUAUCCACAUGUAUGCUUGCACGGGUCACUUUCCUGCAGUAGAUUGGUUUUUGUGUUUGUUAAGGAGAAUCACCUUUAAUCAUGUAUUUAAAUCACUUAUUUGGUAUGCACUUGUCUUACACUGUUUAUACUUAUGAUAUGUUAUUGGUUUGCACGCAUUUUGUGAUUCACUAUAUAAACCUUCUAUAGUUUAGGCCUUAGAGCACAUUUAACACGAUCAAUGUUUUAAUUCAUGCAUUGACCAGUUGAUACUGUACAUCACCUUUAAUUUAUUUUUAAUUGUCUAAAUAAAACUUUGUACUACUGAUGAGUGAUUUAAAAAGAAACAUUUUAGACAAACUCAGAAUAAAGAAACUUUGAAUUUCCCAAAACUAAAUGGAAGAUGGACAGGAACUUUUUUUCCCCCCAGAGAACUAGAGAAACAGAAAAGUGUCCCAUGUUUGGAGCAUAACCAUUGAUUUAUGUACUGGUUAAACAGCUAUAUCCAUCUAUAGUAGUGGCACCUACUACACUAAGGCAUAAACAUUCAAACUAGACUGUUUUGUAAUAGAAGUGUAUGUAAACUAUCCCACUUAAAAUAAAU